CUUGUGCACAGAGAGGUCUGUUGUAAGAAAGAUUUCUUUUUGACAAGCAGGAAAGAGUUUUAGUGACAGAUCAAAACAGGUGCUUGUGAACUGAACUCAUAAUGAGAGUUACUGUAAAACUCCUCGGAUUUGGUUUUUGGUUGCUUUACUUCGAUUUUGCGUGCUGUCAAGAAUGUCGUCGAGAUGACAUUAAAUUUACUAACACGGAAUCGGUUGCAAAAGCUUCAUACGCUGAUGGCGAAACAAUGAAAGUGAACUGCAUUACGGGUUUUACUGGCUUGUAUAAGUUAAAGUGUGAAAAAGGAGAAUGGAAGAAAUCCAUUCAACGACCAUGUGCAAAGAGAAAAUGCGGUCACCCAGGCGACCUACAACACGGUGAUUUUAAACUUGUGGAGGGGACGGAGUUUGUUUUUGGAGCAACGGUGGCUUAUUCUUGCCAGAAAGGGUAUGAAAUGACGAGCAGAAUCAAUCAGCGUACCUGCAGAGCUCAAGGAUGGGACAAUGCUGUUCCCAUCUGUGAGGUGGUAAAAUGUCCAGCCGUUUACACCGAAAAGGAUAUAACUGCGUCGGGGGACACAGAGGAGGGAAGUUACGGUGAUAUUAUUCACUUUGAGUGUGCAUCUCCUGAUAAAAUGCUAAAUGGAAGUAGUGAAAUUCACUGUGAAGAGACUGGAGAAUGGAGUGACGUUAUUCCAAAGUGCAUAGAAAUAACUUGCACAGCCCCUGUCAUAUCACAUGGAAAGGUUGUUGAGCCACGGCCGAAAUACCUGAAAAAUUCCAUAUUAAAAUACAAAUGCGAUCCAGGCUUCAAGGCCAAAGAGGGAAUCCCAAGAUGCGCUAAAUCUGGCUGGACUGUGAGCCCAGAAUGUGAUGAAAUAACUUGUGAGCUGAAGUCAACUUCAUUUGGAGUGCAAAAGAUCAACCCGAAGGGAAAAACAAUUUUCAGAGCCGGAGAAAGUGUGGAAAUCACCUGCUCUGAAGAAUACUUUAUCUUUGGUACAAAAGAAGCCAGCAGAUCUUUUACAUGUCGAUAUAAUGGCCAGUGGGACAAUAAGCCUGCUUGUGAAGAGAUUACAUGUGAAGAUCCACGCGACUGGCGUGUGUCUAAACCAUACUACUGGCAAAUUAAGAAAUUUGGAGAAAAACAGUCUUACCGUUGUGAGUCUAGAUAUCGUGAAACAGCAGAAGUGGCCACAUGUACACGAGACGGAUGGAAACCAAAACCACUGUGUGCUGAUAUUACAUGCACAGCUCCUGUCAUAUCAAAUGGAAAUGUUGUUGAGCCACGGCCAGAAUACCACAAAGAUGCCAUAUUAAAAUACAGAUGUGAUUCAGGUUCAAGCUCAGAACUCCCGGGCCAUGUUCUCAACUGUGUUGCCAAAGAGGCCAGUUUGGGACACGGGGACCUUGAGGAAUCAAACUUUGUAAGCGCUCACAUGUUGACCAGACACAGCCAUAGCCUAAUGGAUUGA